GGGCCGGUGAGGUUUGAGGACGUGGCCAUCCGUUUCUCCCGGGAGGAGUGGGAGAUGCUGGCGCCGUGGCAGCAGGAGCUGUACCGUGCCGUCAUGAUGGAGAACUACGAGCUCCUCGCCCAGCUCG